AUGUCUCUAGCUUUACGUCCCUAUCUCACCUGCGUCCGCGCAUCUCUUACGGCUGCACUUUCCCUGAGUAAUUUCGCGUCUCAGACCGUCGAGCGUCAUAACGUCCCCGAAAUCGAAGCUGGAAAAUCCUCGGAGUUACUCCUGAAUCCCCUUACCAUCUCCCGAAACGAAAACGAGAGAGUUCUCAUCGAGCCUUCGGUCAAUUCUGUCAGGGUUUCUAUUCGGAUCAAGCAGGCGGAUGAGAUUGAGGACAUUCUCGUCCAUAAAUUCACCCGAUUCCUUACCCAGAGAGCCGAGGCGUUCUUCAUUCUAAGAAGAAAACCUGUCAAGGGAUACGACAUUUCGUUUCUUAUUACGAACUUUCAUACGGAGGCCAUGUUGAAGCAUAAAUUGGUAGACUUUAUCAUUCAUUUUAUGGAUGAAGUUGACAAGGAGAUUUCCGAAAUGAAGCUAUUCCUCAAUGCUCGUGCCCGUUUCGUUGCCGAAGCUUUCCUAACACCGUUUGAUUGA